UGGAUCUAUCCACGUGUUAAAGAGACGGUUUGUGAUUGGCUUUUGAAGCCCACGCAUCCUCCAGACAAGAGCUUCGGUUGACGACGUCAUCAUUUGGAAUGAAGAAUGACUUCCAGUUUGCUAUCGUGAUGCCUUUUAGAUGCUAGACGAUGGACUUCCCAGGUCACUUCCAGCACAUUUUCCAGCAGCUGAACCUCCAGCGGCUCCACGCUCAGCUGUGCGACUGCGUGGUGGAGGUGGGCGGCCACAAGUUCCACGCUCACCGCGCCAUCCUAGCAGCCGGCAGCUCCCACUUCAAGGCUCUUCUCGGCUCAGGCGAGGAUGGCGGCGGUGGAGGUCCUGGUGUGAUGGUGCUCGACCCGGAGGUGGUGACCCCUGAGGCCUUCUCCACGCUGCUCAACAUGAUCUACACGUCCACCUUGUCGCUCGGGGCCUCCAACGUGAUGGACGUGCUGUUGGCCGCCUCGCACCUGCACCUUAACACCGUGGUAAAGGCUUGCAAGCUGCACCUGUCCAGAAAAAACUUCCCGACCUCAGCGCCCAAAGGCUGGAGGUCGGUUCCGCAGCAGCAAUCCGUGAAAGUCCUUGACGAGGGCGGCGGCGUGGUGAGCCAGUCUGGUGACGAGUCCUCAAAGCACAAGAGAAAGCCUCAUGAGGAGAGGUUAGGUGACAGGAAGAGGACCUGCGGAAUGCCUGGAGAUAAGGACGAGGUUAUUAACGAGGAAUCGAAAAUCUGGGAGGGACGACCAGAUGAGGUGGAGGAGAAAUACGCCGCGACCAUGUCAUUAGAUAUGGAGGAGAUCCAGCUGCCGAGUCAGUCGGACAGCAGUGCGAGUGGAGUGAAGGUGAAACUGGCAGAGGAAGGCGAAGGAGAGCCCAAGAUGGAGACCGUAGAGGUAAAGAAAGAGACUAUGACCACGUCCUCUUCUGAUCGCUCUCUUGCAGAAGAUUGUGGUGAUUUACAGCAGCAAAUAAGCAGUCUGGCAGGUGGCGACGUCAGCUGUUUACAAACACACCUGUGCUCAGAUCUGGCUGAAAGGGACGCUGGGUUUGAAGACGAGGGCAUGGACAGCCUGUCUGAGUUGGCCCUGUCCUGCUUCCUAAACCCUGGUCAUGAGAGCGAGACAGCAGCUAUGGCGGAAGAAGAGAGUUUUGCGAGUCUCACAGCAGCCGCCGCCGCCAGUGAUGCUGCGGACCAACUGAGUCCCAACACCUCGGCUCAAGCCUCGGACGCGACUGUGCUUUUAACGUCCGUCCCUUUGGAACAGAUACUCCCGACACAGAGUCCGGGUUUUAGCGACACGCUCAUCCUGCGGCCCGCGCACAACUCCUUAACAGGGUUCCUCAGUCUGGAGGCCCCUAAAGGACGCGUGGCCUCGAGCGGAACGACUUUCCGCCGCAUCGCCCCCAAAGUGGUGCCCGAGUCAGAAGCGGAUCCACCCGCAGCCUUUCCCUCCUCCAGCCCCGCAGCAGAUGACAGAGCACCUCUGACCAGAGCGUCGGAGGACGUGCUCUCCAAGUGCAAAAAGGCGGCGGCCGAAGACAACGUGCUCCUGGUGGAGGGCGAGAAGAAGUACGCCUGCAAGAUCUGCUCAAAGACAUUCAUGAACCUGACGGAUUGUAAGAAACAUAUUCGUGUCCACACGGGAGAAAAGCCUUAUCCUUGUCCAAGAUGUGGGAAACGCUUCAGCCAGUCGUCUCAUUUGUACAAACACUCCAAGAAUUCCUCCUGCGUCAACUGGAAGGACGAGCAUUCUUUCCCAGACGCUCCACACUAACAGCUUUCAUGUUACUCUAUGUGGAUAACCACAAAAUGUGUUGUCAUUCAUACAAUAGCUCACAAAACAAGCACUCCUCGGCAAUUGGCGCAAACAUUUGUAUUACUUGCAGCGUCCCAAAGGACAAUACUGUAAGAUUGAACUUGGAUACACCUUAGAGCAGGCCAGGGCAAUUAUUUUGACUCGGGGGCCAAAUUUAUAGAAAAUAAUGUGUCUGGGG